AUGAAGUCCACGAUCGUCAUCACCAUUCUGGCCGCCUGUGUUGCUACUUGGGAAUACCCCAACUGUGAACAUGACAACUUUUACCGUACCUUGAUCAAGAAGGCUCUUCAGGAUGAAGCCAAUUCCGUUUGCUUCGAUUGGCUUGCCAAGACUGUGACUGUGCCUCCUUCUAUUCCCGCCGAGUUCAACAACUGUGAUGCCGGGGCCGCCAGCUCUGCUUGUUCGUGCAUCACCUACGCGGCUAUUCACACGGCCGGUUCCGCCGCCACCACUACCAUCCCUUGGAUGUCUGCCUCUACCAGCACCAUCAACAAAAAUCCUCACACCAAUCCUCCCACAGUGGUGAUGACCACGACGAAACAGCUUCUUCAUACCGCCACCGCCAACACUGAGCGGCCUCGCACUAUAUCUUCUAUUGUUCAUGUUCCUCCUAUCAUGGCCAUUUCGACUGGGAGACUGCAAACGUCCCAAAGCACCUGUACCACUCUAACUACCCAGAACACUCACACUACCAAGCAAAGUACUUGCACGACCUACAGCAUCAAGCCACGCACCGUUACUAACACCGAAAGAUGCCGCACUGCAAUUUCUACUAGUCCCACGUCUCCUGUCAUCACCUUCACGACCAAGGGGCCGCCCACCACCAACACCACUCAGAACACGCAGGCUCACACCACCAAGCAAAGUACUUCCACAAUCUACAGCAUCAAGCCACACACCGUUACCAACGCCGAAAGAUCCCGCACUGCAUUGUCUACUAGUCAGACGUCUCCUGUCAUCACCUUCUUCACCAAGGGGCCGCGCACCACCCAACACACCCACACCGCCCAGCCUCCCAACACCACUCAGAUCACGCAGGCUAUUCAGGAUACUCGGGAUACUCAGACCAUUCAGACUACUCAGGCCGCUCACAACGCGAAGACUAUCAAUUGUGAUGCUUCCACCACAUACCGCAUCGAGACACACGCCACUCAACCGCACGCAACCUCGUCUUGCUUUGGGCAAUCCGGCUGCCCCGUUGGCAGCAUCACCAUCACUCCCUACCACCCAGGCGCUGCCACUGUGCGCCGCAAGGUCUCCGCUAUUUCUGUCGGUUCGAAUAUUGUCGCGUUACGCGGUUGCAGCAAAACGGUUGCGUGGCCAGACAACAGAGGCACCAUUAUUCGACAUGCCACUGUGCGCCGCAAGGUCUCUGCCCUGUCUGUCGGUUCGAAUAUAGGUGUUGCCACUCCCGAGCCCUCUGAUUCCCUAGUCGUUGCUGCAGCCGCUAGUCAGAUUAUUGCCAGCCUCGGCCUUGUCGCCGCUGCGGCAGUUGGAGCUCUCCUUUUGUGA